CAGCCACGAAAAUCGACGGUUAUCCGUAUGGGCGGCGGUCCGAGAACAUUCCCAGGCGGCGUCUCGAAAUGGCAGUGGAAAAGGAUGCAAGCGAAGAAACAGAAACAGCUACUCAAAGCGAGGCUAUGCCGAGAACGCCAGAUCUACGAGAUGAGGAAACGCGCCGAGCUUAAAGCGGCGGUUGCUGAGCUUGAACGACCUUGGGAGCCGGUUCAGAAACCGCCGAAUCUGUUCUCCGUUUGCGCCGACGAGCAAGUCAAGGUGCUCGCGGAUCGGUUUCAGAAACCUGGAGGGUUCGAUCU